AUGAUGUCCAGCCGUUUCAGAGAUGGUUACAACCAGGCGCUGAUAGCUGCCGCCAAAGCUGUGCAACGACGUGUCGUGUCAAACUUGCCGGAGGGUGUUGAUGGUACCAUACGUCACAACCGUGAAUUGCUUUCCCUUUGCAAUGACGACCUAAACGACGAAGAGAAACAGGAGGAGGCCUUGGCAUUUUUCAACGGCAGCUGGAACUCCCAGGGAUUGGUGCACUGGAAAGCAUUGCAGAACCUCACGUUUCUGUUCGCGUCGGUUCCCUCGCCGCCCUUGCUUUACAGAUGGAAGCACUGGGAAGCAGCGGCUGCUUUCGCUCUGCGCGGGGUUUUAUUUCAUCAGGGCCUUUUCGAGUCGCUGAUAUCCACUGGAGCAGCUUUCAGUGGGACCAAAUUUGACUCAGAAAACAUUGAAGCAUUGAUUGCGGAGGCAGUCCUGGAUCUUGACGAUCAGGAAGGUGAUGCCGACAUAGGCAAGUUGCAGCAAGUCCGCCUUGCCAAGACUUUGAACCUCUUCCGGACUGGGCGGAUCAAGGUGUCUUGA